AUGAUCGCACUCACUGCGUUGCUGGCUCAGCACUUCCCUCACGCGGACAUUACAGCUCUGCAAUCUGCUAGCGAAAAUGGUGAUGAGGAAACACAUGACGCUCUCGUUCGAGGAUUCUUCUCAACCUGGAAGACCAGCCUCUUAGGUUCUGACUUACAGUCAUUAAGAGACCUCUCACAACACCAAGAACUCUCCAAGUUCGUCACAACGAUCCAUAUUCAAGACGAUUGGGAAGUGAACGAUCCCGGACCAAUGGUUGCCGGGCCAGAUGCCGGUCCGCCAGCAGGCGCCAUACACAUCUGGCCUCGCGAUGAGGAGAGAAAUGUGAAAUCUGGAGACAUUGGCAUCGCAGAACUUAGAGACAUGUUGAUAAACCGUAAAUUUCGGCCUGAGAUCAUCAAAAUACGUGAUUUCCACGGCGGGAACAUCGCAUGCGAUCCAGGGCCAUGCGCUACGCUGGUAAAAGAUCUUCUCGAUGGUGCUGGAAUGGCUGUGAAGUCAUUUGAGUUCAAGAGGGACACCAACUCUUAUGGCGCCUUAGAGAUACUGUUCACGUUCUACCCAGAGGACCAAGGCCGGGACGUUGGAUUAGCGAGGUUGCAGUCUGCGCAAUUCAUUCUGACGCGGAAUGUCAAAUCAUACUGGCAAGAGCGAAUACUUCGCGCUGCAAACCCGAUCGACCUCACCAUUGCACAUGCAAAACCGUCGCCAGAUGCGGACGCGCCCUUUGUUGCUGGCAUGUCAGCGCCAAAGCUUGCCUCCUUGAAUUUGGUCCGCCAGGGAGUCUCUUCGAAGGCUGUCGUUCGUUUGAUCGCAAACUCGCAGACAUGCUUAAAGAGCAUAACAUUCCAUAUGGUCACCCUCACAGACAGCACAUCUUGGUGUUCGCUUUUGUCGCAGAUUGCCCAAGAUUGCGGCAGCUUGUCCUCUUUCAACCUGAGUCUUCUUAGAACAGCAAGCCGCGAGACGCCAUCGGUGAAAUUCCGGAUUAGCAAAGAGAGCGUAGUGGAACAGGACAGAAACAGCCUGAAGAUCACCGAAAAGGGCCCAAAACACCAGAGAAGAGUCAGUGCAGUACGAUACAACGGACCAAACGUGGCAAACGUCUUACAAGUUGUCGCUGAAAGCGUAGUAAAUUGGGGAUACGUACCUGGAACUUGGGAUCUCAUUCAUGAGUAG